CUUCGUAGAAAUCCCGCGAACGCAGCCGGUGGCCUUGUCGAGAGCCGAUGGGCCUCCUCCCCGACGCCCCCGCCCCUCCGCCACCAGGCCCCCCGGCGGCCUCCACCUCAGAAGACCAGGUUCCAGCCCUCUCGACUCAGGGCCGAGGACUACCAGCUGGCCGGCUCCGAAAUCUUCCAGCCCCAGCAGCAGCCCCUCCCACAGUACCGGCCGAAGCCCAAGCCGCAGCCCUUCUACCGCCCUCGGCCCUCCUACCCGUCGGACAAGUACCGGCGCCCCGAGCCUCCUGUCGCGUACCGAGAGGACCCUGUCUACGUGGUCGAAGAGCCAGUCUACACUGCUCGCCCUCACUUCGAGGAGGACCUUGUGAGCUACAAGGACGACCCGAUUGUGUACCACGAGGAACCCGUCGCCUACGUGGAGCAGCCUCAGUUCCACGAUGACCUCCCUGAAUAUCACGAAAAACGCCCGUCUUUCCAGAACGAGCGACCACUCUACCAGAGCGAGCGGCCUCAGUACCAUGAAGAAAGGCCACAGUACCAGGAGGAACGGCCACAGUAUCAUGAAGAGAGGCCACAGUACCAGGAGGAACGGCCACAGUACCAGGAGGAGCGUCCUCAGUACCACGAAGAGCUCGAGCAGUACCACGACGAGCCUCCACACUACCAAGAGGAGCGCCCGUCCUCGCGGCCGGAGCGCCCCGCCUACGAGCAGACCAGUGAGAAGGAAUUCCGGCGACCGCCCGCCAACGACUUCGCGCCCGUCCUCAAGGAGGAGGAGAGCGUGAAGGAGAAGCGCCAGGUCGCGCACGGCGGCGGGCACUUCGACGAGGCCGGAGAGAAGUUUGCUGCCGACGCCGCAGCGGUCGAGAACGCCAAGGGCGCCGGCCGCCUGGCCUUCCAGAUCCACGGGCAGCAGGGCCCUCACUCCUACCGCUUCGGUUAUGACACCGGCAAAGGGAAAAAUCGUCAAUUCCGCUACGAGGAGCGGGACGGCUACGGCCAGGUGCACGGCCGCUACGGCUUCUACGACAAAGACGGCAAGCUGCAGGUGGUCAACUACUCCGCCCACCCCGAGCACGGCUUCUCCGCCGACGUCCCCCACCCCUGAGCCAGGGUCCGGCCGAGCACAGGCUGACCCGCCGCUCUGUCCUCCACGGCGCUCGUCACACGCCACAGAAGCGCUGUUCAGAUUGUGCUCCUUCGUCUUUCAGGACCUUCCUACCCGAUUUCAGGAGAAUGUUUUGAAGCCAAAAGUGUCUGAGAGUAGUCUGCGGCCACGUCAUCGUGUCUAGUCAGGUGGGCGAGGCGGGCUCGUGCUCACUCGAGGAGAGGUCUUCUCUGAGCGCAGGAACCGCCCUUCCACUGUUCUACAAUCCACCUUGCACGGUAGAGAACAAGCAAACACACAAACACACACACACACAAGCUAUAAACUGCUUCCACAAAUACCACGCAAUCACAACAGAUAUUGCUCUCUCGGCGCAGUCCCCCACACCACGCACCUGUUUCCUCCUCCAGUUGGCCGCUGACGACAUUUUCACAGUACAACACUGGUACUGUUGCUCCUACUAAGCCGCUGGCUGUUUGUUAUCAUAAACUGCAAUAAUUUAAUGUUUACACUAUUUAAUUUUAUAUUGUUGAUUCUGAUGUUGUUUAGAAAGGGCAGGAACCCUACUUUUGUACAAAAAUAUAUAUCAAAAUAAA